AUGAAGAUGGCGGCGCCUCUCGCCAGCAAGGCAGGGUCCGCCGGCACCACCAGCAAGCCUCCCUUCCCGGAGCUGGAUUUCCGAUCGGGAGCCAGGGUGGAGGAAUUAAAUAAACUCAUCCAGGAAUUCACCAAGCACGAUCAGAGGGAGUACGACGACCAGCGAGCCCUGGAGAUCCACACGGCCAAGGACUUCAUCUUCUCCAUGCUGGGCAUGGUUCAGAAACUCGACCAGAAGCUGCCUGUAGCCAACGAGUACCUGCUGCUGUCGGGCGGCGUGCGGGAAGGUGUGGUGGACAUUGACCUCGAUGAGCUGAAUGUUUAUGCCAGGGGCACAGACUAUGACAUGGACUUCACCCUGCUGGUGCCCGCGCUGAAGCUGCACGACCGCAACCAGCCGGUGACGCUGGACAUGCGCCACUCGGCCCUGUGCCACUCCUGGCUCAGCCUGCGCCUCUUCGACGAAGGAACCAUCAGCAAGUGGAAGGACUGCUGCACAAUCGUGGACCAUAUCAAUGGAGCUACCAAUUACUUCUUCUCCCCAACAAAAGUUGCAGACUGGUUCUAUGAGUCCAUUAGCAUCGUGCUCUCCGAGAUCCAGAAGAAGCCCCAGCGAGGGAUGCCAAAGGUGGAGAAGGUAGAAAAGAAUGGGACUAUCAUAUCCAUUAUUUUGGGAGUGGGCAGCAGCCGCAUGCUGUAUGACAUUGUCCCUGUGGUGUCCUUCAAAGGCUGGCCAGCUGUGGCACAGAGCUGGCUGAUGGAGAACCACUUCUGGGACGGGAAGAUCACGGAGGAGGAAGUCAUAAGUGGGUUUUACUUAGUGCCUGCAUGUUCCUACAAGGGGAAGAAGGACAAUGAAUGGAGGCUGUCAUUUGCCAGGAGUGAAGUGCAGCUGAAAAAGUGCAUCUCCAGCAGCCUCAUGCAAGCCUACCAGGCCUGCAAAGCCAUCAUCAUCAAACUGCUGUCCCGCCCCAAAGCCAUUAGUCCAUAUCACCUGCGCAGCAUGAUGCUGUGGGCUUGUGACAGGCUGCCAGCCAGCUACCUGGCCCAGGAGGAUUACGCAGCCCAUUUCCUCCUGGGGCUCAUUGAUGAUCUCCAGCACUGCUUGGUCAACAAGAUGUGCCCUAACUACUUCAUCCCGCAGUGCAACAUGCUGGAGCACCUGUCUGAAGACACGGUGAUGCUCCACGCGCGGAAGCUGUCCUCGGUGCGCUCCGACCCCGCCGAGCACCUCCGGACUGCCAUCGAGCACGUCAAGGCAGCCAACAGGCUCACCCUGGAGCUGCAGCGGCGGGGCAGCACCACCAGCAUCCCCUCCCCGCAGUCCGACGGAGGCGACCCCAACCAGCCCGACGACCGGUUAGCCAAAAAGUUGCAGCAGCUAGUGACUGAGAACCCCGGGAAGUCCAUCUCUGUCUUCAUUAACCCAGAUGAUGUCACAAGGCCCCACUUCAGAAUUGAUGAUAAAUUUUUCUGAGCUUUCGUCAAUGUUUCUUGGGAUUUUUAUUUGUUUUGUUUUUUAAAACUCUUGCAGUGCGCAGGUUUUUUAAUUUGGUUUUCCUUGAUGACUUAGUCUCUUGGUUUUUGCAUAUCCAGCAUAGAUUGGAUCUGUUGAGAACAAUCUGAACAAAUUUUAAAUCCUGUUUCUGCAGGACAGUGCAGAUUUUGGAACAGUAUAUUACUAUUUCAUAUGCUGCUUUUUUUUUUUUUUCACCCACCCUGCCCCAUUGUCUGUGAGUAGUUUCUAAAGGAGGACAUGCAUCGUAAACACAAGCCACAGUGUAAUGUAGAGGUUUUUCCAAGCUUCCAUAAUUUAUGUACAUUGUUGGGCUGGGAGAAAGAACAACUCCCCUUCCGUUGCUUCAGAAAUUCACUUCUUUUUCCAUGAGCUUCCAUCACCCUAAAGAAAUGAGGAGAGGCUGGGUUGGAAAGCACUCCUGGUAAUCUGACGAGGCCAAAUCUACUGGGCUGAAGCCCAGUUCAUCUGUUCUUCACAUUUCUGAUACAGGGGAGAAAGCAGACUUUAAAGAUGAUGAUGCAGCUUUUUGGGGAAAGAGUUGUUUCUGUUUUGAUCUACUUUUUGAAUGUAAUUGUUCAUUAAUUGGACCUUGUACAGUCCAGAGGGUUGUUUCUGCUGCUUUUCCAUGCGGAAUAAGGUUAUGGAAUGUUAGUUUUAGUGUGUGUAAUUAUUCAAAGCCUUAUUUAAAUUCUAUUAAAGAACAUACCAUUUUAAAUGUAA